GCCUCUCGCGCGCCACCUGUCGUUUUUUCCUCGCACUUCUCAAGCCGAUGUCCGUCGACUGAACAAGAAUCGACCAUGGCUAGCCGACUUUCGUCCCGAAUUCUCCCCCUGCUGAGGUCGACCAAUGCGGGGCAGCUGACCCUGAGCAGGACGGCCGCAUCAGCUACCGUCUCGGAGUUUGACAUGCAGCACAAAAACCCUUUCGCCAAGAAAGUUAUUGCCAUUCCAAAGGCUGAGUACGGCGGCCGUCAUAGUGUGACCAUGCUGCCUGGUGGAGGAAUUGGCCCUGAGCUGAUGAACUAUGUGCGCGAAGUCUUCCGGUACGCUGGAGUUCCUGUCGAUUUUGAGGAGUGUCCCAUUGACCCUCAGUCUGACGGCAACGAGGACCUCGAGUACGCCAUCACCUCCAUCAGGAGAAAUGGUGUUGGUCUCAAAGGAAACAUUGAAACUCGCAGCUUGAGCCGUGGAAUCCUAUCGAGAAAUGUGGCUCUGCGAAACGAACUUGACCUCUUUGUGAAUGUGAUCCGCUGCAAGUCCUUCCCAGGUGUCAAGUCUAGGUACCAGGACAUUGACAUCAUGCUUAUCAGACAGAACACUGAGGGUGAAUACGCCAUGUUGGAGCAUGAGAGCGUGCCUGGAGUUGUCGAAAGCAUGAAGAUUGUAACUGCUGAAAAUUCAGAAAGAGUGAUCCGUUACGCCUUUGAGUAUGCACAGAAGUACGGACGCAAGAAGGUCACCACCAUCCACAAGGCUAACAUCAUGAAACUGUCAGAUGGACUUUUCCUGGAAACCUCAAACCGUAUUGCCAAGUAUUUCCCUGAUAUUGAGCACGAUAGCAUGAUCAUCGACAACUGCUGCAUGCAGCUCGUGUCCAACCCUCACCAGUUUGACGUGAUGGUGAUGACCAACCUGUACGGUACCAUCGUGUCCAACGUCCUCUGUGGACUCAUCGGCGGCGCUGGUCUCAUUUCUGGAAGGAACUACGGAGACCAUUACGCAGUUUUUGAGCCUGGCACCAGGAAUACUGGUACCGCGAUUGCUGGUAAGAACAUCGCCAACCCAGUGUCCAUGCUUAACGCCGCUGUGGACAUGCUGGAGCACCUGGGACACCAAAACCACGCCAACAUCAUCCUGCAGGCCAUCGACAAAACCAUCAAUGAGGACCACAUCCACACUCCCGACUUGGGAGGUCAGGCUACCAGCAUUGACGUGGUUCAGAGUGUUAUAAAACACAUCCAGGACCUGACCAAGGACAAGAACUGGAGUUUAAACUAAAUUAUAGCGAGGCAUCCAGAUGCAGUUAAUCUCAAAAUUGAGCCAAAGACGAAUAAAAAACCUGAUGGUCAGAAGUGCUUGCCCCACGUGUUAAAAUAGUAACUUAUUGUAAUAAGACAGCUGAUUUGUUUACAAAAUCUUGUAUUAUUUCUGGUCGGAUCAAAAUGAUGUACAAUGCAUGUAUAUUAAAUGGUUUUAGCACACAAGACUUAACUUCAAAGCUAUCACACAGUUCUGAGAUAAUGUAGAGAAUGUUAUUAAACCGUUAAGUAUUGAA